AUGGCUUCCGCUACUCGCCAGUUCGCCCGCGUGGCAACCCGAACCGCCGCCCGUAACGCCUUUGCCGUUGCUCCUCGCCAGGCUUUCCGCCAGCAGGGUCGCAGGUGGUACUCCUCUGACCCUGCUCCUCAGAAGGGCCCUUCCACGUUGUGGUACCUGACUGGUGCUGUUGCCGGCGGUCUCGGAACCUGGUACUACACUGCUUCUGGCUCUCCUUCCGCCGCCUCUAGCAAUAUCGUCAAUCCCACCAAGGACGAUUACCAGAAAGUCUAUGACGAGAUUGCCGGCCGCCUGGAGGAAAGGGACGACUAUGACGACGGUAGCUUCGGUCCUGUGCUGCUGCGUCUCGCUUGGCACGCCAGCGGCACCUUUGAUAAGGAAACUGGCACUGGUGGUAGUAAUGGUGCCACGAUGCGGUUUGCCCCCGAGUCAGACCAUGGUGCAAAUGCUGGUCUUCUUGCCGCCCGUAACUUCUUAGAGCCUGUCAAGGCCAAAUUCCCCUGGAUAAGCUACUCUGACCUCUGGAUCCUCGGUGGUGUUUGCGCCAUCCAGGAGAUGCAGGGCCCCUAUAUUCCCUACCGCCCUGGCCGUUCUGACCGUGACAUCGCUGCUUGCACUCCUGACGGUCGUCUCCCCGAUGCGACCCAGGGUGCUGACCAUCUCCGCAACAUCUUCUACCGCAUGGGAUUCAACGAUCAGGAGAUUGUUGCCCUUUCUGGUGCUCACGCUCUUGGUCGCUGCCACACCGAUCGAUCCGGAUUCACUGGUCCGUGGACUUUCUCUCCCACUAUCCUAACCAACGAUUACUAUCGUCUGCUACUCGAGGAGAAGUGGCAGUGGAAAAAGUGGAACGGUCCCAAGCAGUACGAGGACAAGACUACCAAGACUCUCAUGAUGCUUCCCACCGACAUGGUCCUCGUUCAGGACAAAAAGUUCAAGCCCUGGACCGAAAAGUAUGCCAAGGAUAACGACUUGUUCUUCAAGGACUUCUCAGCUGUUGUUACCAAACUAUUCGAGCUCGGCGUUCCUUUCGCAGAGGGCACUGAGAACCAGCGAUGGAAGAUGAAGCCCACUUGGGAUGAGUCCAAAUAA